UUGUUAACUUGCUUUUCCUGUAAAAUCUUGAUUGAUUAUGCAUGACCAUUAUCUUUUGUUAAUCACUUUGUUUACUUCUGUGUAUAAAUAUUGAUGCUCACCCCUAAUAAAGGGGCCACACUUAAUCUAAAGCUUUUAGAGCUAAGGAUAGUGUGAGCCCGUUGAUCAACGCAUUGGUGUCUGGUCUCUGACAGAAUUGUGUGCCCCAUACCAACUCCGCACGAACUCGGGUGCUGGAGAGGUGAGUGAGGACUUGCUUUAUUUACCUAACAAUUUGGGGGCUCGUCCGGGAUUUCUUCUGGUGCGGUACCUCUGUCCAGUGGUCAGACCACUCAUAUAUGAAUUGGCAAGGCGCCACAGGAGAUUUCUCCCAGCCAAUUCAAUAUUGAGGGGUCGUGUAUUGGACAGCAGGGUAAACGCCAGUUGGAGGGCUCCUGUCAGACACCAUGGGUCAAGGGACUAGCGUGCCUCUUGAGAGUCCGUUGGGGAUUGUAAAUAAGUUAUGGAACGAAGGGAAACUCCCAGUACAGACAGGAAUGUCUAGGAAGAAGUUGUACACACUAUGUGUAAGGAAUUGGACUGGGUAUACCGCGGUAUUGGCCGACCCGGAGAUGAGGUGGCCUUCGUAUGGCUCUUUCGAACAGGCUGCCUUAAGAGGAGUAAAGAGCCAGAUCGAAAAAGACCAUCCGGGACAGUUAUGUUACUGGUUUUGUUGGGACACAGCAGCAGAGCUGUGGAAAUCUUUAAAAAUUAUGGCAGUCAGGUACUCUCCCGAGAGUGAACCCCCUCCAGGUUAUUUCGAUGAAGGGUGUAGACCACGGCGUGUUUUGACUCGUCAGCUGGGGAAUCUGCAGGAUCCCAGAUUGGAAUUUCUGCAGAAGGAUGAGGAGGAAAUGAAGGGGCAAACCUCGGGAGGAGUAGUUACUAGGCUAAUGUCCAAGCAGAUACAGCAGGGUGCAUGCCCCCCCCCUGAGGAUAGCCCAGAGGAUGUCCCCGUCAAAUCUCUUGCGAGUAAUAAAAGUAUAGUUAGAGAGAUGCCUUUACAGGUGCACGAUCAACCUUAUAUGGGCAAUGAUGGACGGUUACAACAUGCUAAUAUUGUGGAAUAUAAAGGAUGGCUAGAAUGGGAUUUGAAAGAGUGGGGACGGUUGUCAGGGUCUUUUGGGGAAAAUCCCCGAAAGAUCAUAGAACUUCUAGAAAGAUUGUUUUUAAGUUAUAAUCCUACUUAUACGGACGUGGAUCAGUUGUUAAGUAGAGUUUUGACCGGAGAGGAACGUAGUAGAUUGUGGAUGGCAGAAAGGACAUGGGGAGAUAGCAAUGCAGUUAAUCUUACUUGGAUGGAUAGGCGGGAUCUGGCCGCUGGCUGGAAUCCCCUAGACUGGACUCAGCCAAGGCUGACUCAGCUGCGAACAGAUCGAGAGCGAUUGUUAGAGAGACUCAAGGAAAUGGCUCGCCGCUCGCCUAAUCAGGCUAAGUUCAUGCAGAUUCGGCAGGAAUCUGAUGAGCCACCCAGAAAGUUCUGGUCGAGGCUAUUGGAGGGGGCCCGAAUGUUCACUCAGAUGGAUCCUGAGAGAGAAGCAGACCACCCUACUCUUAUUUCGUUUUUUGUGAAUCAGUCGGUGCCCCCUGUAAGGGAUUACUUCUUAAAGUUUCGCCCUGGUUGGGGAGGUGAGUCAGUCACUUCAGUGUUGGACGUAGCUGAUUUUGCCUGGGAGAAAGAAAGGGAAAGUAGUAAAAAGAAAGAGAAAAAGGAAGAAUAUAAGCUGAUGGCUUUAGCUUUUCACGGCGGUGUUCGAGGCAAAGGCCGUGGCCGUGGCAGGGGAUUCCAGGGUGCUCGGGGAAGAGGGUCCUGGCGACCCCAGCCAUCAGGAAAUUGUUUUCAGUGCGGACAGCCCGGUCACUUUAAACGUGAAUGCCCCUGGGGAUGCCCAGAGGGUCUGGUUGCAUCCGCAGAUGCUUACACAAGUGAGGAAUACACCCCUGCACCACCAGCUCAGCCCAUUCCCCAGGCCUGGAUCAACUACGGGAAACAGCAGCAGCCGCAGCAAACUCAGCCUCCUCAAUGACGGUACCCCGGGGGCGAAGGCAAACAAUGUGAUGGUCUUAUUUCCUUAAUGUCUUUAGCCGGCUCCUUUCUCACUUUCUCCCCUCCCAGCAAAGAGCCUCGUUUAACCCUUUCAGUCCAGGGACUGCCUGUCUCUUUCCUCAUUGAUACUGGGGCUACUUUCUCUCUUUUAAAUCAUGCCCCCUCUCCCUGGCUAUCCUCUGAGGUUAAAACUGCGACUGGGGUGGAGGGCAACCCACAGUCUCUGGGACUCACUUUGCCUUUGAAUGUUAUUUAUGCUGAUAAAUGUUUUCCUCACCGUUUUCUUUUUUCCCCAGCUUGUCCGAUCCCUUUGAUGGGCCGGGAUUUACUCUGUAAGCUUGAGGCUACUUUAACCUGCACUCCUGAAGGGGUAGGAUUAUUGAUGACAGUGUUAGGAGAUUCGGCCCCUACUCAGGGUAAUUGGGAAACAACCCCCUCUCUCUCCCCUGACCUCACUGACUUGCCUUCAACCCUCUGGGGAAUUUCUGACACUGAUGUUGGCCUGCUCCUUUCGGCAGAGCCCGUAAGGAUUCAGGUGAAGCCUUCCUUAACCCCCCCGUCAGUCCCUCAAUACCCCCUGUCGCUGGAAGCCCGGGAGGGCAUCCGCCCCAUUAUCGAGGGAUUCAUUGCACAAAAGCUAGUCCGCCCUCAGCGCACUCCCUGUAACACCCCUAUACUGCCUGUCAAAAAGCCUCCUAAAAAGGACGGAGACCCUGUUCGUUGGCGCUUUGUACAGGAUCUACGAGUUGUUAAUCAAUAUGUGGUCCCUCUUCAUGCAGUAGUUCCUGACCCAGCUACUAUCAUCAGCCAAAUCCCCUGGGAUGCUGAGUGGUUCACUGUUAUUGACUUAAAAUCAGCUUUUUUCAGCAUUCCUGUGCACCCAGACUCUCAGUAUCUCUUUGGUUUCACCUGGGAGGGACAAAGUUAUGUCUGGCAACGACUUCCUCAAGGCUACAGAGACAGCCCCACGAUUUUCAGCCAGUGCCUCCGCCACGACUUGGAAGGUUUCACCAGUCCGCAGGGAUCCACAUUGGUCCUAUACGUAGAUGACAUCCUAUUAGGUAAUCGCGAAGAAGCUGCCCUCCGCAUCGAUGGUAAGGCACUUUUAUUAUACCUACACACCAGAGGCCACAAGGUAGACCCUAAAAAGAUUCAGUGGGUCUCACAGAAGGUCCGAUAUCUGGGCUUCCUGUUAACCCCAGAGGGAAGACAGAUGGACCCAGCCCGCAUAAAGACUAUUCAAAACUGCCCUCUACCGAACACCAAGAAACAACUUCGAGGUUUCUUAGGAUUAAUUGGCUUCUGUCGCCCCUGGUUGCCGUCCUGCGGGGAGUUAAGCAAACCGCUCCACCGACUCACUGCUAACCUUGCUCCUGACCCUUUGCAGUGGUCCCCGGACACUUUUCAAGCCUUUCAGUUACUCAAGGACAGUGUGGCCUCCUCCAUGUCUCUCCGCCCCCCCAAUUACAGCAAACCCUUUCACCUUUUUGUCCACGAGAGGGGCGGAAUUGCUAGUGGUGUCCUUACCCAGCUGAGCGGGCCCCACCAUUUCCCGCUUGCUUUUUACUCUCAGCAAAUCGACCCUGUCGCUCAGGGAACCCCAUCCUGCACCCGGACUCUGGCAGCAGCUGCCCUGCUGAUCACAAAGGCAAAGAGCCUAACCCUGGGUCAUUUUACCACGGUUUGGACCUCUCAUGCCUUGUCAGCCCUUCUGCGUAGGGGCACAACCCAAGUCUUUUCGGCCCAUCGUCAGCAACAGCUAGAGGCCGAACUCUUAGAAGACACUAACCUAAUUUUUGAAAGGUGUGGACCCCUUAAUCCAGCUACCUUGCUUCCUGACCUGCCAGUCCUCCAGGAUCAGCACGACUGUGUGGAAGUAGUUUCCAGCAUCUUACAGAUAAGAGACAACCUGUUUGACGUGCCACUGGACAAUCCCGAUUGCAUCCUCUUCUCGGACGGAAGCUCCUUCUAUGUUGAUGGCAAGCGUUUCACUGGUUAUGCUGUCACCUCUGAAUGGGACAUUCAAGAGGCCGCCUCACUGCCAGGCAACUGGGGAGCCCAAGCCGCUGAACUCUAUGCCCUGGC